CUGGCCUAUCAAAUUUGAAACGGCGGCAGAACCACCGGACUCAGCCAAUAGAAUAGAAGACAGAAGGUGAAACGUCCAUACUGCACCGGGAGCAAGUAAGUUUGGUAAUCACCCCAGACGGACCCAGUCUGACAGAUUCGAUAGGCAUGUGCUUUUACAACCAGAGGCAGUUUGCGUGCAAGUGCUGGAGCUGGACCGGUUUCGACCACCGGUGCAAUUAUGAAUACCGCACGGGCGAGACAUGCGGUAUAAAACUUGUCAACGAGACCAAAUUCGAGACGGCACAAUGCCGCCUUUGCGAAAAGAUUGAAACCAAGUACCGUCGGCGAAGCGCCGAGACGGAACGGUUGACCCGAUGGAAACGCGAAGGGGGUACGCUUGUAGCCUCGAUGGACCGAUCACAGAGACUCAUCAUGGAACUGGAUAAAGAGAUAUUCCAGCUCCAGCGAGAACGUGAUGACCGAAGAAAUGCCCUGACGAGUGCAAGAUCUUGAAUGUGAAACCCAUGCAAAGAGACGGGGCACUGGCAAUGGCGAAGUCUUUGGUCCACUCGUUUUUUCCUUUUCCUUUUCUUUUUCUCUUUUUGGUUAAGCUCGAUUCCCUC